CCGGGAGCGGAGCGAGGCUGCCACUCACUUGGGCGACCUCAGCGGCAGGAGAGCGUCGGGGGCCUGCGCAGCCAUGCGCGCGGCGGCGGGGGGCGCGCGGGCGGCCGCGCUGGCGCUGCUGCUGGGGGCGCUGCACGGGGCGCCGGCGCGCGGCGAAGAGUACGACUACUACGGCUGGCAGACCGAGCCGCUGCACGCGCGCUCGUACUCCAAGCCGCCCCAGUGCCUCGACAUUCCCGCCGACCUGCCGCUCUGCCACACCGUGGGCUACAAGCGCAUGCGGCUGCCCAACCUGCUGGAGCACGAGAGCCUGGCCGAGGUGAAGCAGCAGGCGAGCAGCUGGCUGCCGUUGCUGGCCAAGCGCUGCCACUCGGACACGCAGGUCUUCCUCUGCUCGCUCUUCGCGCCCGUCUGCCUCGACCGGCCCAUCUACCCUUGCCGCUCGCUGUGCGAGGCCGUGCGCGCCGGCUGCGCGCCGCUCAUGGAGGCCUAUGGCUUCCCCUGGCCCGAGAUGCUGCAUUGCCAUAAGUUCCCCCUGGACAACGACCUUUGUAUCGCUGUGCAGUUCGGGCACCUGCCCGCCACCACGCCUCCAGUGACCAAGAUCUGCGCCCAGUGUGAGAUGGAGCACAGCGCUGACGGCCUCAUGGAGCAGAUGUGUUCCAGCGACUUUGUGGUCAAAAUGCGCAUCAAGGAGAUCAAGAUAGAGAAAGGGGACCGGAAGCUGAUUGGAGCCCAGAAAAAGAAGAAGCUGCUCAAGCCAGGCCCCCUGAAGCGCAAAGAUACCAAGAGGCUAGUGCUACACAUGAAGAAUGGAGCUGGCUGCCCCUGCCCACAGCUGGACAGCCUGGCCGGCAGCUUCCUGGUCAUGGGCCGCAAAGUGGACGGACAGCUACUGCUCAUGGCCGUCUACCGCUGGGACAAGAAGAACAAGGAGAUGAAGUUCGCGGUCAAGUUCAUGUUCUCCUACCCCUGCUCCCUCUAUUACCCCUUUUUCUAUGGGGCCGCGGAGCCCCACUGAAGGGUACUCCUCCCUGCCCCACCCAGCCAGCUGUGCCUUGUCCUCUGUCCCCUCCCCUGGGGCACACUCUUUCCUCCCACCCACCUGGCCUCCCACUUGUCCCAGGCUGACCCAGCCCCUGCCAGAGGGUGGCUCAUGCAGAGAUGUUACCAGCACAGGCACUAAGGGAUGGACAUGGGACCAGGCUGUCCUUGACCAAGGGGUUCUGGUUUCCUCCCACAGGAGCAGAGCUUUCUCAGCUGACGGAAAGCCCCAGGGUCUCAGAAAGUAGGCAGGCAGAAGAGAGAGCAAGGCAAGGGUGCAGGGGCUCUGAGCAGCCUGAGGAGCUGGUUUCCAGAGUAGCAGUGGUGUCAGCUCCCCUCUGUUGGCAGCGGGACCUGGCCUGGGAGAAGGAAGUCUUGGUAUUAAGCUGAGCUACUUGGGAGACAGUUCUUGGCCCCCAAUACCCCUUCAUGUGUCACCGUAGCCCCCCAAAGGAAAGGGUGACAGUGAUCUCCAGCCACGCCUCCCCCGCCUCCCUGUCUCUGCCCAUUUCCCUUCUCACUGGACCGGGGAGAAGCCCAGCACAGCACCCUCCCAGACACUCACUCCUCAGCCUCCGCAUGUCCCUUUUGUCCUGAUGACCAGUAAAUUAUUGCUACUGCUGCGAGGCCAUAGAUACUAGACUGAUGCAGGUAGGGUUUUUCUAUUUUUUUUUUUUUAAAGUUUGUAAUUAAAUCAAAGAAAACAAA